AUGUUGGCGAGAAAUUUGCGAUCCUGUUCAAGAUUGUUCAGCACAUCAAACAAAUUGGCAUCCAAUGGAAUUGAUUUUGAAUUGAGUGCCGAACAACAAGAACUCCGCACCAAUAUUCGCAAAUUUGUUGCUGAUGAGGUGAUUCCAGUUGCUGCUGAAUAUGAUAGAACUAUGGAAUAUCCAUGGCCAAUCAUUAAGAAGGCUCACGAACUUGGUUAUUUGAUUGCUGAUAUUCCGGAAAAAUAUGGUGGUCUUGAGUUGGAUAUGGUAUCAUUGUGUUUGAUCAGUGAAGAAGUUGCGUAUGGUUGCUCAGGUAUUGGAACUGCAAUGAUGGCCAACGAUCUUGCGCAAUCCCCCUUGAUUCUUUGUGCUAAUGAUGAUAUCAAAAAACGAUUCUUGGGAAGAAUGGUUGAUGAGCCAUUAGUUGCUGUAAGUUAACUUCACUAUUUGUUAUAUCCAUAAGGUUUGGGUUCUUGGAAACUUCUAGUUACUGGUUAGAAAUUAAUAAUUUUUCAUUGAAAUUUUCUGCCCGAAAAAAUUCAUUAGAAGAAUCACCUUAGUGAUUUUCGAAGUCCAAAGUUUAACAAAUUCCUAUUUGAAUCAAAACACAUUUUAUAGUCAUACGCUGUCACUGAACCUGGAGCUGGCUCUGACGUCGCUGGAAUCAAAACAAAAUGUGAGAAGAAAGGUGACGAGUAUAUUAUUAACGGAUCAAAGAUGUGGAUUACAAAUGCCGGACAUGCCAACUGGUAUGUUCUUCUUUUUCUUUCUCUCUUUUCUUCCCAUAGAAAACCACGUGUCUACACAUUUAGGCUACACAUUUGAAGGUACAUAGUACAAAGUCCACCUCUUAUCAUUUCUAUCUUUUCUAAAUAAUGUCCAAAAAGUGCAAUUUUUCAGGUUCUUUGUUCUCGCUAGAUCAGAUCCAGAUCCAAAAGCUCCAGCUGGAAAAGCCUUCACAGCUUUUGCUGUCGAAGGUGAUUCCGCUGGAUUGAUUCGUGGAAGAAAGGAGAUCAAUAUGGGACAAAGAUGUUCAGAUACCCGUGGAAUCACAUUUGAAGAUGUUCGAGUUCCAGCAGCCAAUAUUGUUGGUGCUCCAGGAGAGGGAUUCAAAGUUGCCAUGAAGACUUUCGACAAAACUCGACCAACCGUCGCUGCUCUGGCAACUGGACUCGCUUAUAGAUGUUUGGAUGUUGCCACACAAUAUUCAACAGAGAGAAAGGCUUUUGGAACUGAAAUUUAUAAUCAUCAAGGAGUUUCAUUCUUGUUGGCAGAAAUGGCCAUCAAUUGUGAAUUGGCUAGAUUGAUGACAUACAAAAGUGGUUCUGAGGUUUGUAUUUAUUCAUAGAUUUAAAAAAAAAAGUGAUUUAUUGAUAAACUGCAAUUUUCCAGGUUGACGCUGGUCGCCCAGGUUCUUACUAUGCUUCCAUCGCCAAACUUUUCGCAUCUGAAGCCGCCAAUCAAGCCGCCACCAACGCUGUUCAAGUUUUCGGUGGUGCUGGCUUCAACACUGAGUAUCCAGCAGAAAAAUUGAUGCGUGAUGCGAAAAUCUUCCAAAUCUACGAAGGAACAUCACAAAUUCAACGAAUGGUUAUUGCCCGUCAACUUUUAGCGCGGGUUAAACAAAACGGUGGAUAUUAA